GCCAUUAGAGGCAGCGGGGGGUUGUAGUGGCGGGAGGGUAGUGUUUCGUGUUCUUGGCGGUGUCUGAGCCCCGCUCCACUUCUCGCCUCUCCCGGCCGAGCUUCCCGGGUCCCCGCCAGGGCAGGCGGCGGCGCCGCUGAUGUGAGGCCGCGGCCCGGCGGCGGGCAGAGCUGGUGCGCGGAUGGCGGCGGCGGCGCCCGGCGGCCGCAGCUUCUCGUUCAAGGUGGUGCUGCUCGGGGAGGGCUGCGUGGGCAAGACCUCGCUCGUGCUGCGCUACUGCGAGAACAAGUUCAACGACAAGCACAUCACCACCCUGCAGGCAUCUUUUCUUACAAAGAAGCUAAACAUUGGUGGAAAAAGAGUAAAUCUUGCAAUCUGGGAUACGGCAGGCCAAGAGAGAUUUCAUGCAUUGGGUCCAAUUUACUACAGAGAUUCUAAUGGAGCUAUUUUAGUAUAUGACAUAACAGAUGAAGACUCUUUUCAGAAGGUGAAAAACUGGGUCAAGGAAUUAAGAAAAAUGUUGGGAAAUGAGAUCUGUUUAUGUAUAGUUGGGAAUAAGAUAGACUUGGAAAAAGAGAGGCAUGUUUCAGUUCAAGAGGCAGAAACGUAUGCAGAAUCAGUGGGAGCAAAACACUAUCAUACUUCAGCCAAACAGAAUAAAGGCAUCGAAGAACUCUUCCUUGACCUUUGUAAAAGAAUGAUAGAAACUGCUCAAGUGGAUGAAAGAGCAAGAGGCAAUGGUUCCAGUCAGUCAGGAACUGCAAGGCGGGGUGUACAGAUCAUUGAUGAUGAGCCACAAGUACAGAGCAGUGGAGGGUGCUGUUCUUCUGGAUAACUGUAAAACUGUGGAUCACUACCCUCUCAGCCUGAAGACUGCCAUAUUCUAAGUCACACAUUCUUUACCAAUGGAGUAAUAGAAUUAACAGUAUUUAAAAAAAAAAAAAAAAAUAAUAAUCACACUUGUAACACUGCAGAGACCUUAAGUGCUAAACUAGUGGAGUCUGUGACCAGAGAAUUGGCGUUUUCUACAGUGGUUAACAAAGCAAUUACCAAUGGCCUUUUUACAUAUUUUUCUUUAAUAAGGAAUAAUAUGCAUGUAGAAAAGACCUACUUAAAGGCUUCAUUUAUAUUCUUUUAAAUCAGAUCAUUAUUAUUUAAUAACUUAUAUACAUUGUUGGAAUGGUAAUACAUUUUUGCAGCCCUUUGUAUUUUGUGGUAGACUGAAUUGUAUCACUUCUGGAUGGCACACUGAUUGGGUGGCUUUUUUUUCUUAGCAGAUACCUGAAGUAAUAUUUUUGCAGGGCUUGCACAAGCCCAAAACUGUCAACUACUUUGAUAUACUCUAUAUUCACUGUGUAUGCCAAGCUGAUAAAAUACAUUGUAAAUUACAUUAAAUAUUUUAUCUGCUUUUAAAAGUGCAGGUGCAGAAAUAUGUACAUCAGUCUUGUCAGUGAUUUGUGAAGUGAAUCAGUCAGCGAAAAGAUGCAAGCUUUUCAUUUGUACUUUGUCAAACUGCUCUGUCUUCAUUCCCUCUCCUUGCAAAAGUCCUAAUGACUCUUUAGGAGCUCUGAGUAUUUGCAGAACUCAAUCUCUUAAGCCUUUUCCUGGCAAGUAGCAGUGUUCAAAGCACCUGCUGGCAGAGAAGGAAUGCUUCCUUUUAAACUGCUUGUAAUCCAGAGGUGUCCGAGUCCCAACUGAACAAUGGAGUAUACUGACAUCUCGGCUCUGCAAACGCUUCAGUUCCUAAUCUCCUCAGGAGACUUAACCUUUUGCCCAUUAGGUAGCCAGUAAGGCAGUCCCACUUGGGGUUUGGGGAAGUUUUUUGACAGUUUUGAAUCCUUGCCUCUUGAGACGGUGUUUACACUUUUGGUUAAUAAAAGCAUUAGUUCUCUUAUGGCAAAGCUUGAGUGAACCAAUUUAACUUUCUUAAAUUUCUUUUGCGUGAUUGACUGUAGAUAAAAGAUAUGGAACUUACAAGGUGCAGUGUAACUGUAGGGACACUAGAAAACUAAACUCUUCCUGCUUUGGGGUUUGUAUUUGGGUUCUCUCCCCACCCCCUCCACUGUUAGGUACUUACUUACUGAAGCCCACAUCUAAGGUUUGGGGAGGAGGGAUUUUUCAGAAACAUUAAAGUGUGUGAAUUAAUGUCCACAGAAAAAACACAAAUGGUAGCAAUUAACUUCAAACCUGUUUUGUGCUCUGACUUUUUUUUCUACGUAACUUGUCAUGCUUGGAAAAAACAGUAAAAUUGAUGUCUCUGACAAUA